AUGUCAGCCGCGGCACAACGGGGGACGCUGGCACCACUUCCGGACUAUCACCGCCGUGGACUAAUUGUACUCACUAUCUUCUCGUUCCUCUCAGCCAUAGCCACAACGGGACUCUGGCUCUUCAUCACAUACAAGUUACUGGCAUAUCGGAAAACUCACCCGGCCCCCAGGCAACGAAGUACACGACCACAAGAUGCCGAUGUUACCGAUCUACCGGACCUCUCUCUAGGGCUAGAUGCUCCUUGUGCGGGCACUGGCGGAUUUGCCCGGAUUGAGGAGCUCGAUAGACUAGCAACGUCACAAGAGCAAGCGGUAGAGGCUGCUAGUGCUCCCAGGAAUCGAGAAGAGCAAGAGGUUGAGGAAGCCCGUAAUCCUUUCCCCAUUCUCAUUUAUAACCUCCUGCUAGCAGACAUGAUGGAGGCUGUUGCCUACGCACUCAGUAUAUCCUGGGUCUCAGCUGACGGCAUCUUUGCACCUUCAUCGGUCUGCUGGGCUCAGGGCUGGCUGGGGUCGACCAGUAACUUGGCAGCAAGCCUAUUCCUGGCUGUUAUUUCGAUUAACACGUUUUUGACAGUAGGCUUGGGUUAUAAGCCACCACCGUGGACCAUCUAUACUUCGAUAGGGUUCCUCUGGAUAUUUGACUUUAGCAUCAACGGAGCAGGCGUAAUAUUUUCGGAGAUCCACCCAGCAGUUCCUCAGGAGUCUUUCUUCAUGAGGGCCAAUGUCUGGUAA